AUGGAUGAUGACAAAGAAGAGGAGGAACAAGGAGCUGACACGUCAUCUAUCAAAAUUGCUGAUGAUGCUACAAAAGGAGGAGGUGCUGACCCACAAAACAUGGACAUGAUCUCUCCCAUGGGUAAUAAAACUAGUAGAGGUGCAAAAAACAAGGAGAGAAGUAGACAGAAAUGGAGGGGGCCAAGGGAGUAG